AUGAAGUUUCAGAUCAUCCUUUCCUUGGCUGGUCUUUUCAACAUUUGCACUUGUGUCCCUGUCUACCAGCCACAGAUUGGAAUAAUUACAAGUAACAGUAAUGAGAUUUUGGGUCUUAACAGAUUCACUCUGGCAGGUGUUGUUUUGGGUAAAGCACAGGGUACCCAAUUUCUUUCCCCUUUCCUCAUCCAGCAGCAGCCCCCACAGGUGCUGAACUUUAACCCUCUGGUGCCAGGACCCUUUUUGCCCCCUCAAAUAAACCAGCUGAACCCAGCUCAGAUGCCUCUGUUGCAGCAGGAGCAGCCUGUACCUUGCCUUGUUCCCAAUAACGCCUUACCAGCACAGAAUCCUGUUUUCCCAUAUUUCCUGACUAAUCUAUUUCCUCUGAGGAACUACCUUGUAAGUCUGCCACCGAUUAAGAACCCUGGCUCAAAUGUUCAAUACCAGGCUACCAACCAACCAACACAACCAGUCCAGAAUGCCGGAAAUGCAGCGAACCCAGGCGUGACACCUGCUCCUGAUUACUGUGGCGAUCCUCAAAGUCCUGGAACUGGAGAGGAACUGGAGGCCCCCGGUGUAGGGAAGCUAGCUGUCCUUGUCCUUUUUGUGGUGUUUCCUUCACAGAGUGUUUUGCCGAUUGAAUUUACCUUCGUGUGGCAGCAGAGCAGCAGUGCACGUCUGGUAUAUAAAAUCGCAUUUGUUACCUUUCACUGGUAA